UGAGCAGCGGCGGCCGCGGGGCGGCAGAGACUACGACCCCGAGGCGCCCGGACGGACCGAGCUCGCAGCAGCCGGAGCAAACAGCCGCCAGGGACCGCGAGCCGAGCCCCAAGCCAUGGCCCUGAGCGACUGGGCGCUGGUCCGCUGGCUGGGGGACAGCCGUCACUCCAGGAAGCUCAUCCUGUUCAUCGUGUUUCUCGCGCUGCUCCUGGACAACAUGCUGCUGACCGUCGUGGUGCCCAUCAUCCCCAGUUACUUGUACAGCAUGAAGCAUGAGAAAAACAUGACGGAAAUCCAGACCGCCAGGCCAGGGCUCACAGCCCCCACCGCCUCGAGCACUUUCCAGGGCAUCUUCUCCUAUUACGACAACUCCACCAUGGCCAUCGGCAACGACACCAGAGACCUUCAGGGGACCCCGCUGCCUAAGGCCACCACCACCCAGCACACGGUGACUAACACCUCCGUCAGCCCUUCCAACUGCCCCAGGGAGGACGAAGACCUUGUGAACGAAAACGUGCAGGUCGGCCUGCUGUUCGCCUCCAAGGCCAUGGUCCAGUUCCUCACCAACCCGUUCAUAGGACUGUUGACCAACAGAAUCGGCUACCCGAUUCCCAUGUUUGCGGGAUUCUGCAUCAUGUUUGUCUCCACAAUCAUGUUCGCCUUCUCCAGCAGCUACGCCUUCCUGCUGAUCGCCAGGUCGCUGCAGGGCAUCGGCUCCUCCUGCUCCUCGGUGGCUGGGAUGGGCAUGCUUGCCAGCGUGUACACAGAUGACGAAGAGAGAGGCAACGCCAUGGGGAUCGCCCUGGGCGGCCUGGCCAUGGGGGUCUUAGUGGGCCCCCCCUUUGGGAGUGUGCUCUACGAGUUUGUGGGGAAGGCGGCUCCGUUCCUGGUGCUGGCUGCCCUGGUGCUCUUGGAUGGAGCUAUUCAGCUGUUUGUGCUCCAGCCAUCCCGGGUGCAGCCAGAGAGCCAGAAGGGGACGCCGCUGACCACCCUGCUGAGGGACCCCUACAUCCUCAUCGCUGCAGGGUCCAUCUGCUUUGCGAACAUGGGGAUCGCCAUGCUGGAGCCGGCCCUGCCCAUCUGGAUGAUGGAGACCAUGUGUUCCUCGAAGUGGCAGCUGGGCGUGGCUUUCUUGCCGGCUAGUGUCUCUUAUCUCAUCGGAACCAAUAUUUUUGGGAUCCUCGCGCACAAAAUGGGGAGGUGGCUUUGUGCCCUCCUGGGAAUGGUGAUCGUGGGAGUCAGCAUUUUAUGUAUUCCUUUUGCAAAAAGCAUUUACGGACUCAUAGCUCCCAACUUCGGAGUUGGUUUUGCAAUUGGCAUGGUGGACUCAUCAAUGAUGCCCAUCAUGGGCUACCUGGUCGACCUGCGGCACGUGUCGGUCUACGGGAGUGUGUACGCCAUAGCGGAUGUGGCCUUCUGUAUGGGAUACGCUAUCGGUCCUUCCGCUGGUGGGGCUAUCGCCAAGGCAAUUGGAUUUCCGUGGCUCAUGACAAUUAUUGGAAUAAUUGAUAUUCUUUUCGCUCCUCUCUGCUUUUUCCUUCGAAGUCCACCUGCCAAGGAAGAAAAAAUGGCUAUUCUCAUGGAUCACAACUGCCCCAUUAAAACAAAAAUGUACACUCAGAAUAGCAUGCAGUCGUAUCCGCUAGGUGAAGAAGAAGGCGAAAGUGACUGAGAUCCUCAAAAGUCAUCAAAGUAUUUAAUUGUGUAAAAGUGUUUCCAGUGAAAUGACUCACCCAGAAUUGUCUUCGUCGCCCCAUUCGUCCCUGGUGAAAGAGGAAACCACCGGAGCUUAUCCUUUCUUUUCCAUGGUUGUGAUUGAUUGCCAAUAGCCUUAUAAAGAAAAAGCAUCUUUUCUAGGGGUUUGUAUAAAGUGUUGAAAACUUUAUUUUAUGUAUUUGGUUUUAUUAAAUACUAUACAAUAUAUUUUGACGAAAUAUAGUGUAAAUCUAUAAAUAUUUGAAAUCCAAACCAGAUAUAAUUUUUUAACUUACAUUCACAAACACUUGGGCAAAAAAAAAAUCGUAUAUUUUUUCUGAAUACUGGUAAUGAGUGUUUCAAACUAAAGCACACAUUAUCUCCGAAACGCUUCCAGCAGUAAGAAACUGGAAGGGAGUCUGCAAAACAGAAUCAAGUACGACAGCACACGGUUACAUAGUGACACCGAGUGUGGAGAUACUCAGCUCGUAAUUAUCAUCAGUAUACUCAUGAGUUAGAGGCCAGUUCUCUCAAGCACAGAAGACAAGAACUUGUCAGUUAACUCGUGGGUUUACGCAUAAAUCUUAGCUGGCACUGGUUACCUCUGUGUCAUCGCCUACCGGGAAACAGCUGGUUAUAAAUUAUGUGUCCCGUGGUUGGAAGCAAACAUUCAGCUCAGUGGGGGAAGACAUAGUGCAUGUUCUGAAAGCAGAGCAAAGCACCCAAAUUAGCAGUCUUGAACAACUCGAAGCUUUCCCUUUAAGAUGCAUAUUUGAUUACCUUGCUGGAUGGAAGAACACUGAGGGUAGUCGUACCUCAUACUGUCAAAGUUGUUUACAAUACAAGGCGGCCAGCUGCCACGACAGAACAGGUCGGACUGUGCCAUCUCGGAUCUGUUUGGGGGGCAUCCAAGUGUUUCCUAGGCAUCUAUUAAUUUUGAGUCGUCUGCAACUACCCUUUCCUAGACUCUGGACCUUGUUCACAUCGAUGUGAAAAAGGUUUAAAGAUGAAGAAGGGAUGAAACGUUAUGUCUUGAAUCGUGUUAGGAAAACAGGUAAAGGUGAUAGGGUGGUCAAGACACACCCCCUUCUGCAGGCAGG